ACAAAAGAAGAAAAUCCGAGAGAGAGAGAGAGAGAGAGAGUCCAAAACCUUAAAAAAUUGGUCAAGGCGCAAAAGCAACGGCUAUGGCCUAUGUGCAAGAAGGGUGAAGUGUCUUCAAUCGAACAGAGAGAUGUUCCAUCUAUUUUGGCGGGGAAUGUGGAUUCCAAGUCCCAUUAACAGUUACUACUAAACUUCAGGGGAGAGAGAGAGAGAGAGAGAUCCAACUUCCUCGUUCCAACAUCACUCCUCCACCAAGAGACCCACUUCAUCUCUUGGAUAGAGAAAACCCAUGUGAGAGAAAGACUCAAACAAAAUAAACAGCAAAAAAGAGAGAGAUUGAACAAAUUAUACUAGUAACAAAGAUGGCACAAGCGCAUCGUGAGGAAAAGCCUCAAGAAAUGCACAUGAAAGACACCACCUUUACCACUUCUAGUUCUGGUUCCUUCAAAUUCAACGCCCAAGCACCUGAAUUCGUCCCACAAACACACCCCCAUGUGCCCGUAUCGGGCUAUUUCUAUCCUUACUAUAACCUCCUCGAUGGGAGUACCGGUGGGCCUGAUUGGUUUUAUGUUGGGGAUCAAGAUCCGAUUAGUUUCCUUUCUAGCUCCACUGCCACGCCCUCCUACAGUUCGAAAAAUGUCCUUACUGACGAUCUUCGCCGAAAGAUCAUUAAGCAGGUUGAAUACCAGUUAAGUGACAUAAGCUUGCUUGCAAAUGAGUCUUUGUCGAAACAAAUGAAUAAAGACCCUGAAGGUUAUGUUCCGAUUUCUGUUAUUGCAUCUACGAAGAAAAUCAGGUCCCUUAUCAGUAACCACGAUUUGCUUGCCCAAGCUCUUCGGUCCUCUUCUACACUUGUUGUAACUGAUGACAGCAAGAAGGUCAAGCGCAAGCACCUUUUCACUGAGAAGGAUAGGGAGGAACUGCAGGCACGCACAGUUGUCGUGGAGAAUUUACCUGAAGAUCACUCGCAUCAUAACCUCGAGAAAAUAUUUGGUGUGGUUGGAAGGGUGAAAACAGUCCGAAUAUGCCAUCCCCAGGAAUCUAAUUCUUCACGUUCCAAAGUCGAUGUUCUAAUCAGUAACAAGCUCCAUGCACUAGUGGAAUAUGAAACUCUUGAGAUAGCUGAGAAAGCAGUUGAGAAGCUAAAUGAUGAAAGAAACUGGAGGAAAGGCCUCCGCGUAAGGCUGCUGCUUAGAUGCUCGCCGAAGUCUGUUUUGAAGAGCAGGAAAUCAGAUUUUGAUGGGAUUUUUGACGACGAUGAGUGCCCUGAAUCACCUGAAGACGCUUAUCAGCCUCAUAGCUCAGAAUUGUUUGGGGAGAAUACUGGUGAAGAAACUUCACCUGGAAUGAAGAAAGGGUUUGGACGAGGCCGUGGGAAGUCUUCAAGACCACAACGCCUCCAGAGCCACAGUCACAACGGGCGUGGCCUGCUUGCCUCACCUCUGCCAUCAAGCUGCUCCAUCCAGUACGAAGUAUCUCCUAAGCAGGCUACAAAAGGGCCUAGGAUGCCAGACGGAACGAGGGGCUUCACCAUGGGACGAGGAAAGCUGCUCAGAACUCCUGUUUUGGGCGUUUCUAUUUCGGAGUAGUGGGUGGUGCUCAAUUUUGUUUUCCAACUAGCAAAUGGCUCAAUAGUUUCUGAUUUUUGUGUUGGCAAGUAGGAAAUCAGUCAAUAAUCGAACGCAGAACCUUCGGGCAUGUGUUCGCUGAGAUGUAUGAGAUUGUUUUGUCAAUGAUCAUGACAGUGGUCAUAGCUAUUUGAGUACAAGUUUUUCUUGCCAA